UGUAGGCAUAUUAGAAGCCCGAUUUAUUGGUAGCCAUAGGCACAUUUUGGUCAUUUGAAUAACGCGCAACGCAAGAACCUCCAUGCACAUUCAGCUGCGCGUUAGGGGGUCAGCAAGAGGGAGGGUCUAAAUGUAGCCCCGUGUCAAAAGGGGGCUCUUUUGCCCCUAUACACUCCCGAUACGGGUAAUAAAACAUUAACUUAUGAGGAUGUACAGUUAACCAAUUGGAACCCUAGGCCACCCUACACCCAUGUCAAAAUCACACGCAGUAAGAGAUUUCUUAUUACAAUCUAAUUUAUAACGUCACUAUGACAUAGUUCUACAGUGACCUAGGCUUCGUAUUGGUUGACUAUAUGUAAUGUAGUAAGCACAGAGUACAUUUUAAUUCGCACCUUUUUCUACUGACAAGUUGGGUGUGUUCCAAUAAAGCACCUUCUGAAUAGUUUGUAGGUUGCUACCUAAAUAUGAAUCAUUAAAGCUGACGCGGUUCUAGACACGCUAUGCGGCAGCGUGUCAAGCCAAAUUCAAGUAACAGAACUGGCGAGCAGCGCCGUGUGGAAUAUUACACGAACCAUAAUCAAGUCACAGAACAGCUGUUAGAUGACUUCUUGAAACUUAGAUGCUUGCUUAGUUUUUCUGGAACAGAACCCCAGGAAUUCUUCAGCGAAGACUAUGUUAUUAAUGACUUGGCUAUUGUGCAAUUACAUAUUAAAGAUUCACCUAAAACACUUUUUUGCAAAAUACUGGCAAGAGCCAAAUGUGGCAAGGUCAAGGUGAAGGUAUCCUGUCAAGAUAUGGGUGAACCUUUUUAUGAUGAAUGGAUCUGUGAUAAUUCAUGGAUACAAAUUGGGAGCAGGCAAAAUUGUGAUAUACAUUUAGAUAAUGUAUACACAUGCUUAUUCCAUGUUAACAUCUCUGCAAGCAAAGUCGGAGAGUCCUAUCUCAUGAGACUUUAUAAUGAUGUUUAUUUUACUGACUUCAAUUUGAGCGCUGGCGAUGGGAGUGUGGCAGUGCACCGGGCACACUUGGCAGCCCACAGCGAUGUGUUCCAAGCGAUGCUUACGAAGGACUGGAAGGAGACAAAUGAAGGCCGCAUUCAGAUAGAGGGGGUCUCUCUGAAGACCCUGCAACACUAUAAAGAGUUUAUCUAUCUUCACACUCUGCCGGAUGGUGACGGGCUCAAGUCUUUACUCCUACUAGCAUCAUAUUACUUAAUGGAUGAACUGAAGGCGGAGUGCAUAUCUAAGCUGGCUCUGAGCUGUAAGUCUGAAAAUUGGAGAGAACUUCUAGAAUUUGCCACCAAGAACCAAUUAUUUGAGUUAGCAAGUGCUAUCAUGAUAGUAAGUCCAGCAGUUACCACUAAAGAUGAACUAAAUGUACCAGUUAAAGAAAAAGAAAAUGAUGGUUAAUGAUAUAAUAAUUUUAUUGUUUGUUUGCUAUUCUUAGGCAUGAUUACAGUUUAUAAUAAAUA